AUGGUUAAGUGCUACAUCAACAAUAGCAAGACUGCUCGCUCCCCAAAGAGGCCUUAUGAGAAGGAGCGCCUUGAAGCGGAAUUGAAGCUCAUUGGCGAGUACGGCCUAAAGAAUAAGAGGGAAGUCUGGAGAGUCCAAUUGGUCCUCGCCAAGAUACGUAAGGCCGCUCGUGAGCUUCUUACCUUGGACGAGAACGACCCCAAGAGACUUUUCGAAGGCCAUGCCCUCCUCCGUCGUCUGUCUCGCCUCGGACUCUUGAACGAGAACGAGCAGAAGUUGGAUUACGUCCUCGGUCUCACUGUCAACAAGUUGAUGGAAAGACGUCUCCAGACGAGAGUGUUCAAGCUGGCCCACGCCAAGUCUAUCCACCACGCCCGUGUGCUCAUCAGACAACGCCACAUCAGAGUGGGUGAGCAGCUUGUUGACUGCCCCUCCUUCAUGGUCCGCAUUGACUCCGAGAAGCACAUAGACUUCGCUGGCACCUCUCCCUUCGGUGGCGGCCGCCCCGGCCGUGUUGCCCGUAAGAAGGCUGCUUCUGCUAAGGCUGCCCCUGCUGACGAAGAGUAA